GGGCAGGUUCGCCAGGGAGGAGCGGGGUCCCGAGGCAAACGGGUCCUGGAACCCUGUCGUUUUCCCGAGUUCGUGCUUGGCGUUCCUGAGGGCCGUGGAGGGCCCCGUGGAAGGCCGAAGCAGGGGAAAAUCGAGGACCCGCUUCCUCCAGGGCCGUUUCGGCCAUGCUGGCAGGUGUCUCCGGCCCUGCACGGUGCCGCCACGCCAGUCCAGCAGGCGUUCUGCUAUGCCGUGCCGCUCCCGCAGGGGUUGGCGAGCCCUGCGGGCGCGCCGUGGCGCGCGAUGGGGCCCAUCCUGCACGCUGUGCCCAUCGGCGGUGCACACAUGGUCGGCAGCGGCGCCUCCUCGGCCAUGUCCCCUCUGUCGGACGUCUCCCUGCAGGAGCGGCUGCUGCCGAGGAGGCUGUGUAGCAGCGACCCCGACUCAUCGCACGCGUCGUUGGUCUCCGACACUGUGCACCCAGAGAGCAGGAGCGACGCGGACUUGGUGACCGGUGCAGUGGCGGGGGCGGCCAUCGCGGCUCCGUCGCGGGGCGGCCCCGACGAGUGCUGGGUGUGCAUCCCCUCGGGCAUCGUCGAGAGGAACAAGGCGCAGUUCGAGGGGCGGGCCGGCGGCGACACCGCCGUCGAGGC